AUGUCUUCUGGCGCUGCGAACCUCGAGUCGGGGGAGAUAGCCAAGGCUGGAGUCCCCGCCCUCGAGAAAGGGUACGUUGACGAGAAACAACCUCAGGAGUACGACAAGGAAGGAGCCCUUCACCCCUCUGACUCCGAGAUCUCGUCUGAUCUCCUGGUGGGGCCCAAUGGAGAACAGUACCCCAGCGAAGAGGAGUGGAAAACGCUGAGGCGCACACAAGGACAUGUCCCGUGGAUCAUAUACACCAUCGGCCUUGUCGAACUGUGCGAGAGAUUCGCCUACUACGGCACAAUCGUCGUGUUCAACAACUACAUCAACUGGCCGUUACCGCCCGGUUCGAAGACUGGAGAGGCCGGAACUGAUGGCCAGGCGGGUGCCUUGGGUUACGGAACGCAAGCGGCGACAGGACUGACUCUGUUCAACUCUUUUUGGUCAUACCUGAUGCCCAUGGUCGGCGGCUACUUGGCAGACACUUACUGGGGUCGAUACAAGACCAUCAACGUCGCCAUCGGAAUCGCCACCUUUGGACAUAUCAUCAUCUUGAUCUCGGCCAUCCCAGGGGUUAUUGAGCACUCGGACGUUGCCAUUGGCGUUUUCUGUCUCGGAUUGAUCUUCUUUGGCAUGGGUGUCGGCUUCUUCAAGUGCAAUAUCUCCCCGCUCGUCGCUGAACAGUAUGAAGACAAACAUCCAAGGGCUGUGGUAAUCACCGAGAAGAGUGGUGAAAGAGUCAUUCAUGACCCAGUCAUGACAAUCUCACGUAUCUAUGUACGGUACUACUUCAUGAUUAACGUUGGUGCUCUCGCAGGGCAGAUCAGUAUGGUUUACGCGGAGAAAUACGUUGGUUUUUGGCUCGCCUAUCUCCUACCGACCAUCCUGUUCCUCCUCACGCCUCUCAUCAUGAUCUGGUGCCGACACCGGUACGUAAGACGACCACCGACAGGCUCAGUCUUCUCCAAGAGCACGCAUCUGGUUAUUUUCGCCCUGAAACGCAAUGGGUCUUGGAACCCCAAGACGCUGAUCAGGCGAAUGCGCUCCGAUGAGUUCUGGAACAGCGUGAAGCCAAGCAACGUGGCCUCGAAACCAUCCUGGAUGACAUUCGAUGAUGCGUGGGUCGACGAGGUCCGCCGAGGCAUUUCAGCCUGUGCCGUCUUCACCUUCCUGCCCAUCUACUGGCUGUCGUACUCGCAGAUGACCAACAACCUGGUGACCCAGGCGGGAACCAUGAAACUGAACGGACUGCCCAACGACCUGGUGCAGAACCUUGACCCAAUUGCGCUGCUGAUCUUCAUCCCCAUCUGCGACAAGCUGGUCUACCCUGCGCUCCUGCGGGCGGGCAUCAAGUUCACCCCGAUCAAGAAGAUCACGGUGGGCUUCGGCAUAGGGGCUAUUUCGAUGAUGGUGGCCGCGAUCAUCCAGCAUUACAUUUAUGUCAAGUCUCCUUGCGGCAAUCACGCCACUGACGGCGACUGUAUCGCCGAGCUCGGGCCGCCGGAUAUGUCGGUCUGGAUCCAGACGCCGGCGUACGUGCUGAUUGCCCUCGCCGAGAUCUUCACGUCCAUCACGGGCCUAGAGUACGCUUUCACCAAGGCGCCCAAGAACAUGCGAUCCUUCAUCACCGGCAUCUUCUGGUUCACCAACGCCUUCUCCAGCGCUAUCGGUCAAGCUUUCGUCCCCUUGGCCAAAGACCCUCUGUUCAUCUGGCUGUACACUAUCAUCGCCUGUCUCAGCUUUGUCGCCAUGUUUCUGUUCUGGUAUACUUUCAAAGAGCUGGAUGCUGAAGAAGACGCUCUCAACGCCCUCCCGGAAAGUACCUACCAGGGGAGAAGGAGCAGUGUUGUCGACGUCGAGGCUUUGAGGCAGAGGCAGAUCGAACAAGACAGAAUUCGGAAAGCCCAGGGCCUUACAAUUGGAACCGGGAACUCUUCUCAGAAGUGA